UGCAUUGAUUAUUUUCAUAAUCUUACAUAAAGAUUUCUGCGAUAAAAAUUACCUAUAUAAAUAAGUUUAUUUGGAUUCAAUACUGUUGUUAAACGUCAGUGAGCUGUAUAUUCUGAAAUUCACUUGCAACAUGAAAGGUGUGCUAUUAGUGGCGUUGUUAUGCGCCUUGAGCGUCGUUCACACGAAAAAGACCGUGGUUUGCUUCUACGGAUCCUGGGCGGCACACAGGACAGGUCAGGGCAGGUUCACCGUAAACAAUUUAGACCCACACCUCUGCACACAUCUGGUAUACGCAUUUUCUGGUAUAAAUGCGCAGGGGAUGGUCGUAUCAAUUGAUCCAAAGCUAGACUUGGCUGAAGACAAUGGUGCAGAUAACUAUAGACAAUUUAAUGAAUUGAAAAAGAAGAACACUGAAUUGAAAACCCUUUUGGCCGUUGGAGGUUUUAAUGAAGGAUCAGCUAAAUUCUCUAGGAUGGCAGCUAGUCCGGCACUACGAAAAAACUUCAUCGAGAGUGCUAUCGUAACGAUUAAUAAGCAUGGAUUUAAUGGUCUUGAUGUCAGUUGGUUGUAUCCCAAUCAACGAGACUCACCCAACCAUCAAGCUGAUGUAGACAACUUUUCUGCACUUCUGAAGGAAAUGAGAGUAUAUUUUGAUCAGCGUGGCCUGUUAUUAACAAUUGCUGUAUCUGCAGCCCCAAAAGUGGCAUCAAAAUCGUAUAAUGUGGCAGCAUUGGCGCAAUACGUACACUUAGUAAAUUUGAUGGCACAUGACUUGCACGGUCCUUGGGAUCCGUUCACUAAUCACAAUGCCGCUCUUCAUAAAGGAGAAGGAGAGCAAAAUGUUGCAAAAGAAGAUUUACUCACUGACGAGGCGGCUGUGGAAUACUGGUUAAGCAAAGGUUGCCCUCCGGAAAAACUAGUUCUCGGAUUACCUUUCUUUGGUCAUACAUACAAAUUAAGAUACGCCAGGAUCAACGGUGUAAAUGCUCCUGCCACUGGACCUGGUAUCAUGGGUCCUCACACGCAAAUCCCCGGUGCUAUUGCAUAUUUUGAGCUAUGCAACCUAAUUCGAACGGAAAACUGGUUGAUCAAAAGGGAUGAGCUCGCGGGUGUGCCCUACGCUACUAAGGGGGAGAACUGGAUGUCUUACGACGAUUACCAAUCCAUAAAAGCAAAAGUGGCAUUUGCCAAUAAGCACAACUUAGCUGGUGUUAUGGCUUGGAGUGUGGAGUAUGAUGAUUUUAACAACGUAUGCGGUGGAGGAAAAUUCACUCUUCUGAAUGCUAUUCAUCAAGUUAUAAACGAAGAAUCCAUUAUUAAUAAUAAUAAUGGAACAAAAGCAUCUUUAUAAAUAGCAAAAGAAUAGCAUGAGCAAGAACAACGAUUUGGACUUAUUCAAGGGUGACAUUCGCAACUUUAAAAAUAAACUAAUGUGACAUCUCCUUUUAAUUAAUUUUAUUGUAAUUUGAUUUUAAUUGUGUUAUUAUUUCUAUAAAUUAAUUUUAUCUGUAAUUUAUUGUGACUAAUUAAUUUCGUUUUUUUUUAUUAUAUAUAUAUGUUGACUUUAUUCGAUUAUAACUCUUCUUUAAUGCUUUGAUUUUAACCGGGACAGUGUUGAUUAUAUGUAUUUCUUUUUUAAAUCUAAGAAAGCUUUUAAUGGCUUUUUCAUCGACAGUUUCCCAGCAUUUCUUGCUUGUAUUCCAUAACGCAUGUGGUCUUUACCUAUAAUUGUAAUAACAUUAAGCUUAAGUAUUUUAUCAUUACCUGCUAGAUUGUUGUGUCAAUGUUUAUUAUGUUUGUGAUCAAAUAAAUAAAUAAAUAACGAUUGGUAAUUUAUUUGCAAUAUAUAUUUCAAAGUGAUGACCACAUUAAUUCUUUUUGAAUCUUUUAUUUUGCUAAAUAUCCUUAAAAACCAUGACAUUAAAACUUUUUCUUCG